UAUUAAUACAAGAUGGAGGGUAAGACUCUUAUUGCAGACAAGAAUGAACUAUCCAUCAAUUUGGAUUUCAUCCACCAGAAGCCUAAUUCACCCAUCAGCCCUCCAUCACCAUUAACACCUAGUCAACCCAACGCGUCUUCUUAUUCACUCUUUCAAAAUGAUUAUGGCUGGUUAUCAUCCAAUAAUUCACCUCUUGUUCGCAAACAGACAGAAGAGUUUGAUUGGAAACGCGCACAAGCCUGUACUUUAUGCUUCGAUAAAAAACAACAGUUACUCAUGUCUUCUUGUGGACAACAUCAUUUUUGUCAUUCUUGUUGCCAAAGCACACCCUUAUUGUUACAGGGUACUUGUCCAUUCUGUGUACAGACAAAUCACGUCCAUGAUUCACCCCUUAAAUCUGAACUUGUUCUCACUCACCCUGUAACUUUUACACCUCAACAUUAUCCAUGUGUAAAACUAACUAAUAUUCCUUGGGAUGUAUCCCAACAUGAUGUACGCCAAUUCUUUAUCAACUGUAGAAGCCCUUCGACAUCUACUUAUACACAGUGCAUUCAUAUUAUGAUGGAUCGUACUACUGGAAAGACAUUAUCAGAUGCUUAUGUUGAAUUUGCUACUCUGAUGGACAUGAAGCGUGCUAUAGAACAAAAGAACCAAAAGCCAUUGAAAGGGCGUAUUGUAUCCGUCAUUGAAUGCUCUCAAGAGGAAUUACUGUCUGUUGUCUUUCCUAAAUGGCGAGGCCAAUUUCAGGGUAUUUCUGCUAUUCCUCCAGCUACUGAAAUUGUCAAGUCCAUGUCCACUGCAGCAGGUGGCGGUAAUUCUGGUUGUCCUCCAUUUAUCACACGUGAGGAAAUCAAUUCUCUUUUGGUCGUUUGCAAGAAUUACAAGCUACAUUUCUCAAGAAAAUGCGCAGAAAGGCCUUUUGAGAAUAUUAUCAGUGUGAUUACCAAACAUCCAUGGCAUCAAGCGCAUCUGUUUAUUUCAACAAUGCAUAGAGAUCAUAUCUAUGAAAUGUUGAAACUAUCGAUAGAAUCACUCAAAAUACAUCUUGCUAAAGACUAUGUUCAAAUCGAUACGACAUUGCUAGAACGCCUGGUACGUGCAGGCAUCAUGUGCCCUGCUUUCACUGAACGACAAAAGACAACUCUGUUACAAACAGCUCGUAUUGAAUGUCCAGUCGAUCUUGUUUCUCAUUUGGUCUCACCUAUUAUGGUUUCACUUGCACCUCCUGGUCUUCAGAUAAAAAAUACCGAAUACAAUGUGCCUUCUAUUUUAUUUACACCUAAUUCACCUGUCUUGAAGCUUCCAACUGGAUUAAAGCAACCCAAAAAAACACAAUUACAUACUCAAGAACCUUGGGAAGAUAACCUUCUUUCUUCUCCUAAUUCUCCCAUUUCUUCUUUGAUUCGUGAUAUUCAACAACAUUGUUAUAUCGAUGAUUUCAACAGAAAGCCAACGAAUGCACAACCUCCAUUAGCAAAAAAUGGAAUCCCAUUACUCUUCCAGCCAAUCAACCCAAUAGAACAUCAUUAUUAUCAUCCUAAACAACAAAAGCAACCUCAAUUAUCGCCUUGGACAUCCUCCAAAUCCAACGCCUCUGAUAUUUGGCGAAUGUCCCCUGCGGUUGAAUCGAACCACGUAGUCUCUUCUGAAAGUUUACUCAUUGCUUAAAAAAAAAAGAUAUACAAAUAAAGUUUAAUUAUAU